UAUACAAUAAGUAUAUAACUAAUGUAUUUGAAGAAAUCAUAGAAAAAAAACCCGAAGCAAUGUCUGAUUUCUUUCCUGAAGAAAUCAUAGAGAAAAUCCUCUUGAGGCUGCCCAUCAAAUCCCUAAUCAAAUUCACAGCAGUUUGCAAAUCAUGGUCGUCACUGAUCAAAACCUCUACCUUCGUUCAGUCCCAUCUCUGCACCACCAUCGAUUCCAACAACCAAAACGACGCUCACCUCCUCCUCCUCAGCGCUUACUCGUACUCGUACGAGUCGUACCCCGCCAAACAAAGCAUCUCUUAUGAGCAUCACUGGUUGCGUUGGGAUAGCCCUGAAUUCGGUGAGUACUCCAAGCUUUCAAAUCCAUUCCCUUUCUUCACGUACGAAAACCAACGUCGGGAUCUGCGUGUUUUCGGUACCUGUAACGGGCUCGUAUGCCUUGAGAGUUUUGACCCCUGCACCAGGGAUUGUUCUCCCGCUUUAAUCUGGAAUCCUUCUAUCCGAAAGAUUGUGAUGUUGCCUACACCACCUGCUUGUCUUACCUCUACCGAAUACCACAAUUACCGAAAGUACACAUCCCAUGGCUUUGGCUAUGAUUCACAUUCUAACGACUAUAAGGUUUUAAGAGUUGUGAGUCUUUCUGAUGAUCAUUCAGACUUGUCCCGAUUCACCACCGUGGUUCAGGUUUACUCCUUGGCCAAGGGCUCCUGGAAGAGACUUGGUGCUUCUGUUGUUCCGGUGGAUUUGCAGGCCGGUGGUUCGGAACGUCCUGAUUUUGUUAAUGGCUGUUUGCAUAUGCUUGAAGUACGUCUAAGUGUGUAUUACGAUGAUGAUCACCAGGAACACCGUAAGUGUGGUGGAGACUCGUUUAUUGCCUACUUUAAUCUGGCCACUGAGGUAUUUGGGGAGAUAAUGAUACCGGAAGCUUUGCGAAAAGAUGAGUGCUCUAUUUCAAGAUAUGGGGAGUCCCUUGCCUUGAUUAAGGAAAAACGUUAUAAUUGGGAUGAUCCAGCUAAUUGUGGUUGUGACAUUUGGGUUAUGAAAGAGUAUGGUGUAGCAGAGUCAUGGACUUUUUUGUACAGUAUAGUUAUGGUUCAAGCUACUAUAUUUGGUUUUAAAAGGUGUGGGGAAGUUGUGCUAGAGGAGACGAAUGUCUUAAGACUAAGAAGAAUGCUUUCGCUGGAUCCUAAAACCGGACAAGUUAAAGUUUUUGGAACCGAGUAUUGUAGUUACUAUUUCAUGGAUUCUUUUGUAGAGAGUAUCGUCUUGCUUGAUCACGCGAAAGCCAUGUCUUACCAAGGAGAAAUAAAAAUUUAAGGCAGUGAGCCGGUGACCAUGAGCAGCAUCCGUUUCCUCAGUUAUCUCUGAGACAUGUGAACUCGGGCAUAUGGAACUUAUCUGAGCUGCGGAUUGUCACCAUUGUCUGAGCUUUCCUCUUUGGAGACCCUUUGUGGCAGCAUCAAUAACUCUGGUAUAUUGCUGGAGUAUUUAUUCAGCUAAUGUAAACUCGUAUGAUCUACAAAAAAACAACGAAAACUUAUUUCUGAGCUAUUUGAACUUAAUUA